AUCAGUGUAUGUGAUUGCUCUGAAUUUAUAACUAGUGACCACUGAAUUUGAAUUUUGUAUAAAAUAAAGUCUGACUUCAAAAGAAGAUCAAUCUAGUAGUUUACUCCGAACUAAGAAAACACACCCAUAUCAUCAUGAAAUUCCUUAUUUGCUUGUUCGCCGUUUUGGCUGUCGCUAACGCUGGAUACCUCGCUGGCAACAACUUGUACGGGAGCGGUGUUUACAGCUCUGGAAGCUACAUUUCCAACCCGGUGCAAUACGUCCAAUCUGCUCCAGCUGUUCAGGUUGUCCGCGCCGCUGCUCCAGUCUAUCAUUCAGCUUCACUUUACCACUCUGCUCCGAUUGUAUCUGCUCCAGUCUACCGUUCAUCUUCAAUCGUUUCAUCAUACUCAGCUCCAUUGGCCGCUUCCAUUCCAGUUGCUCACUCAUACGGUUCAUACGGACACUCAUACGGUGGAUUCUUGAAACGUCAAUAAAAAGUUACGAUUUUGAUUAAAAACUAAAA